AUGCCGCCGCCGAGGAUAACGACGAACAAUUUUUCCCUGCCGACUCGACUCAUCAAUCCCUCGCGUCUUCGCUCGUAUAUCGUCCGCCUCCCUUUGUUCACACGGCUGAUCCUUUUGGCCAUUUUCGCAUUUUGGCUUCUCGAACUUCAGACGGUCUGGAGUGUCAUACAAUGGGGAUCGUUAGAUCCCAAGCAAAUCAACUUUGGGAGCUUGUACAGAUUGAACACAUUCGCACUGAUACAUACCGGGUUCUUCCACAUGUUGAUGGACACUCUGUGUCUUGUGCCGUUGCUUGAGAGAUUCGAGGCCGAAUGGGGUACAUUGACAAGCGUUGCACUUUUCCUGGGACCGCUAGGCCAAAUACCUGCGGGACUAUAUCUUCUGCUGGAUGUGGUCAUUCUAAGAGACAACACUCCGGUGCUUGGUGCAAGUAUCUGGGUAUUCAUGCUACUUGCGUCCGAGUCAAUCAAGACGUACAGAGCCAAUCCGUACUUUGAAAUCUCCGGCCAAAAGAUACCAACAUGGAUAACACCUCUGGUCCUUGUUGUUUUUACGUCUGUACUGGUUCCGAAUGCAUCCUUUCUCGGCCACCUGAGCGGCUGUAUAACUGGCUACAUCUGGGGCUUGGGCUACAUCCGAUUCCUUGCACCACCCGAGAAAGUCCUUCGCUGGAUUGAAGGGAAACUCAAUCUACUCGGCAGACUACCGCACUACGUCUCAGUUGACCAAAAAACCUACGGUCGAUAUGGCGUCCUCCCAACCAGUUCUACAACCGGACCGGGUGAACACAUAUCUCCAAUAGGCUUGGGCUGGGUGGGAGGCACAGACGGAGACUCUAUUUCCAGAUUGCGCAAGGACGAUCCACGACUUCUACGAAUCCCGCCGUAUCUGUCUGCACUGUGUAUCCUUGGUGGCAUCAUAUGGAUGCUGCUCUUGCCCCUCGAUGAAUACUCAAGGCAAACGUACAUAUCCGAGAACGCCCUGCUGCCCGGUCAAGUACACACCUACUUUGGUGGGAGUGAGCAGAAUGUCUUCCGGGCAUAUCGACAUGAACUGGCUACAGUCUUGAGUGCGCCUGCCGCGGCGGCUGAGAAUAGCACUGUGACAAAGGAACAGAAGCAAGUUGAUCGAGACAGGAGAAGUGCCAAAGUACAGGAGUUGUUCCGCAAUGCUGGCUUCAAGACUGCGACGCAGCGAUAUUCUUACACUUCGUCUGGCCAUACGUACGAAGGCGAGAAUGUCUACACCAUACUGCACGCACCACGCGGAGACGGGACUGAGGCCAUCGUACUCCUUGCGGCCCUGGAGAACAUCGACAACAUGUCAAAUGUAAACGGCGUGCCUCUCCUCAUCUCCCUGUCAAGAUACUUCAAGCGAUGGUCCCUCUGGUCCAAGGACAUCAUAUUCCUGGUUACGCCUGAUAGUACUGCAGGACCACAGGCUUGGCUUGACGCGUACCACUCUACCCAUAACCCAGAGACGGUACAGGACUUGUCACUGAAGUCAGGUGCCCUACAGGGAGCGGUCUGUAUUGAUUACCCGUUUGAACACCGAUUCGAGACGUUCCACGUCGCUUACGACGGCAUCAAUGGAGCACUGCCUAAUCUCGAUUUGAUCAACACAGCCGUCUCAAUCGCAUCUGGGCAGAUGGGGAUACCAACCGUGAUACAAUCUCAGCAUACCUACACAAGACCGGACGACCAGAGCUCCUACCCUAUUCGCCUUCAAACAUUGGUACGAGGAAUGUCAUCUCAGGCUCUGGGCCAAGCUACGGGGCCUCAUUCAAGCUUCAUGAGCUAUCACAUCGACGCAAUCACCCUGACGGCCAUUGACGAAGGCUGGCAAGACGAAAUGGCUUUUGGCAGGACCAUUGAAAGUAUUUGCAGAAGUCUCAACAAUCUGCUGGAGAAAUUGCACCAGAGCUUUUUCUUCUACCUAAUGAUGCAGUCCAAUCGCUUCGUCAGCAUUGGUACUUAUCUUCCUAGUGCGAUGACAAUAGCUGCUGCAUACACGAUCAUGGCGAUCUACCUGUGGGUAUUGAGCGGCUAUCAAGUCAUCCCAAAAUCAGCACCAACCACCAACGGCAAGGUGGAAGAGCGGGAAAAGGCUAGCAGUUCACAACUUGACACGGCAGCUCCGAGCAAACCUCUUUCGAGAGUGCAAUAUCAGGCCGUGGACAGAAAAUUACUUCUACCAAUAACCUUCUUGACCGCGGCUCAUCUGGCAUCACUGAUACCGCUGUAUCUACUCACUUCUCUCCGAGAUAGAGCCAUGCCGUCCACAUUUCUACUAUUGAUCCUGGGACUUUUUGCAUUACCGAUAAUCCUGGCAUCGGCAUUGGCAGAGAUGCCAAACAACACCACUCUCCCGGCGUUCUCAGCUCCUACAAAUGAACAGUAUGUCCUGAUUAAAUCAUUAAGCUUGUUGCUGCUAGGACUGUUCUUGACAGUUAUGGCGACAUUGAACUUCAGUCUCAGCAUGUUUCUUGGGAUUGUCUGUUUCCCACUCGCUUUUGUGGACAGAACCCGAUCAAACCCCGUAGCUGCCUUGCUGCAAUAUGUGAUCCUAGCUGUCAUGAGUCCGAUGGGACUUGCAGCUGGCUUAGUUGGAUACGGCAUGAUCGUAUUGGGCAGGGACGAUCUCCUGGUGCAGUGGCUUCAGCGCCUCGCUUUCGGCUGGAAUAUCUGGUGGAGCUGGGGUGUCCCUGCCGGAGUCUUGUGCAUCUGGUUGCCGGCGUGGAUCGUUGGAGCGACAUUGGUCGCCAGUUCGUGGUUCACGAGCGAGGGUGCACCGAAACCUCCUUCGCCUGUAGCUCCGCAAAGGGAAGCCAAGACGACGGCGUCUUGA